GAAGGGGGGGAAAGUGUCCGGACUGGAAGGGGGGAAAGUGUCCGGACUGGAAGGGGGGGAAAGUGUCCGGUCUGGAAGGGGGGAAAGUGUCCGGUCUGGAAGGGGGGGAAAGUGUCCGGACUGGAAGGGGGGGGAAAGUGUCCAGACUGGAAGGGGGGGAAAGUGUCCGGACUGGAAGGGGGGGAAAGUGUCCGGACUGGAAGGGGGGGAAAGUGUCCGGACUGGAAGGGGGUAAAAGUGUCCGGACUGGAAGGGGGUGAAAGUGUCCGGACUGGAAGGGGGGGAAAGUGUCCGGACUGGAAGGGGGUGAAAGUGUCCGGACUGGAAGGGGGGGAAAGUGUCCGGACUGGAAGGGGAGGA